AUGCACACCAUCGCCUUUUUCUUUCUUUCGAUCCUCGCCCUACUUGUACAGGCUGACCUCGAGACAGAGCUGCCCGAUGUAGCGCAAUCCGAAUAUGCAGACGGUAUCCGCUCUCGAAUCGCGCAGAGUGCUCGGUUUUGGGGGAAAAGAGACACCGUCAAGUCGAAAGUCGGUGGAUCGCGAAUUUUCUGGGGGAAACGCUUGUUGGAUGAGCCGGCCGCCGAGGACCAAAUCGGAGAGGAUUCUGACAUGAAUUUGUUGUUACCAAUCGAGGUGCAAGAGCGAAUUCCAAAAUCGGUGGUCAUCGUCCCGCCGAAGCUUCAUCUAUCGAGUCGAUUCUGGGGCAGAAAA